AUGGAGACAGAAAAGGGUAUGGCAUUGCAGGUUAUAUAUCUUGUUGGUUUAACUUUCAUGUUUUAUUUAUCACUCGCAAUUGCACAAGAGGAGCAAAACAAUCUGCAAACAUAUAUCAUUUGGGUUGAAAAGCCGGUGUCCCAGAAUUCUUUUGCACAAUCUCAUGAAGACCUGGAGAGUUGGUAUCAGUCAUUUUUGUCUGAAACCAGUGAAAACUCAAACCAGCUGAUGAAGCAAAGAAUGGUUCAUACAUACCGUAAUGUGGCCAUAGGGUUUGCAGCAAAACUGAUGCCAGAGGAAGUAAAGGCAAUGGAAAAGAAAGAAGGGUUUGUGUCAGCUCAUCCCGAGAGAAUUCUGCCUUUGCAGACUACUCAUAGUCCUGACUUCUUGGGUUUACACCAAGGGUCGGGACUUUGGGAACAAACAAACUAUGGUGAAGGCGUUAUCAUUGGAGUUUUGGAUACUGGUGUUGCACCAUAUCAUCCUUCAUUUAGUGAUGAAGGAGUAUCCCCUCCUCCGGCUAAAUGGAAAGGCAAAUGUGACUUCAAUGCGACAUUGUGCAAUAAAAAACUUAUCGGUGCGAAAGAUUUCAUAGGCUCAAGCAAAGGGAAACCUACAGGGAGCGCUCCAUUUGACCAAGAUGGCCAUGGCACCCACACUUCUAGCACAGCUGCUGGAAAUUUUGUGGAAGGCGCAAGCGCAUUUGGAGUGGCGAAUGGCACAGCUGUUGGCAUGGCACCUUAUGCUCACUUGGCCAUUUACAGAGUCUGCGACUUUGGUUGUGCUGAAGGUGACAUUUUGGCGGCAAUGGAUGCUGCUGUUGAAGAUGGCGUGGACGUGCUCUCCCUCUCACUUGGCGGUCCCUCGAUUCCUUUCUAUGGGGAUGUGAUUGCAGUUGGUGCAUUUGGAGCAACUCAGAAGGGAAUUUUUGUCAGCUGUGCAGCUGGAAACUCUGGUCCUUACCAUGGUUCUUUAUCAAAUGAGGCUCCAUGGAUUCUCACUGUUGGAGCAAGCACCACAGACAGAAUAUUAAACUUAACCUCAACACCUACAUCCACAAUCUUGUUCAAUGGCGCCGCAUCAGAUCCACUCGCUCCAAAGGUCGCUACCUUUUCAUCAAGAGGACCAAAUACUGCAAGCCCUGGAAUUCUGAAACCUGAUAUCAUUGGACCAGGUGUUGACAUCCUAGCUGCAUGGCCUGUUUCUGUGGACAAUGCCACAAAGUCUAACGCAACAUUCAACAUAAUUUCGGGUACCUCAAUGUCAACUCCUCACUUAAGUGGCAUUGCAGCCUUGCUCAAGAGCUCUCACCCUGACUGGUCACCAGCUGCAAUCAAAUCUGCCAUCAUGACAAGCGCCAAUGUACUGAACCUUGCAGGGUUGCCCAUUGUUGAUCAAAGACUUAAUCGCGCGGACGUAUUUGCAAUCGGUGCAGGCCAUGUUAACCCUACAAAAGCAAAUGACCCAGGGCUCAUCUACGACACACAACCUAAGGAUUACAUUCCUUACUUGUGUGGUUUGAAUUACACAGAAAAAGAGAUACAGAUCAUCACCCAACAAAAAGUGAACUGCUCUCAAGUCGGGGUCAUACCAGAAGCACAGCUCAAUUAUCCUUCAUUUUCUAUUAAGAUAGGGUCCAAUGAGUCUCAGUCUCAGUAUUAUACAAGGACCGUGAGGAAUGUCGGCCCGGCUAGUUCAACUUACAACUUGGAUCUUCUUGUACCACAUAAAAUGGGCAUGAGUGUGAAUCCUGAGGUACUUACAUUCACAGAGGUCAACCAGGAGAUUACAUACCAUGUGGAGUUUAUUGCAGAAGAUGGUGCUGGCAAGGAUGGUGUAGCAUUUGGUCAGGGGUAUUUAAGAUGGGUUUCUGAUAAGCAUAAUGUUACUAGCCCAAUAGCUGUGAUCUUUGACUCUAAGUAG